GUAAAUAAUUUUUUUUUUUUUUUUUCCUUAAAUUAAGAAAUGGGGAAAAUCAAAAGAAUUAAAGCGAAAAAUCCUAAUCGUCAUAAUCCCUUAGACCAAGAAAUAAUACAUAAUAGAUACGCUAAAUCGUCUGUUCGAAUAAAAGUAAGAAAACGUCAAGAAGAAGCUGAAGAGCUUGUAGAUAACAAACUCACAAGAAAAAUCUUAAAGCAAGUUAAAAAGCAACAGGAAGAUCUUGAAGAAGAAGUGGGAUUAAAAGGGUAAAUUUAUACAUGAUUUUUAAUUUUC